ACGCACUUCCUCCCCGCCGCAGCAGUCGACACGGGUUCGAGUCCCCCUUAGGCCGCCAUGGCGGGCGCGGAGCCGGAGCCCGGGAAUGUCGGCGGUAGUGGCUCGACUUUCCCCGGCCGGAGCCACGGCUCCGUGCGCGUGGCUCCUCUGGACCCCGAGCAGCUGCGGCGGGUUCUGGAGCAGGUGCUGCCGGACGCGGCGCGGCGGGCCCGGGACGGGGCCCAGCAGGCCGCCCAGCUGCGGGGGCCGGGCGCCCAGGCCCCGCGCCUGCUGACACCCCAGGAACUUGAAGCUAUUUGUGUCAAGGUAUCUGGUGACAUAAAAAAUAAGGAAAGAACGAUGCCCCCUCUGGCCCGAGCAGUAAGACCAAAUCAGUCCCCUGGGAGAAGCUCCAGCCCUCAGAUGCUCAGGGUGCAGGCCCUGGGGAGGACUGAGUCACCGCUGUGCUUCCUCAGAAACUCCCCUCAGCCUCCUGCUCCUCAGGUGUUUGUACGGAAGAUGUUGCCAGACCUUCAUCCGGUCCCUUCAAAGAGAGUCAAGGCCCUGGAGACUGCACACGGACGUGGUAUCACUCUGAGCCCUGUGGCAGCCUCGGGUCCCCGCACAGUGGCUGCAGUGCCAUCUGGCCAAGCACGUCUGCUGAUCUCCAACCUGCACACAGCACACACUGAGAAGUCGAAGAAGUCUUUAAGGGUGAGGACUAGAUCGGGCCGGGUGUCCCGGCCUCCCAGGUAUAAAGCCAGAGACUACAAAUUCAUCAAAACCGAGGACUUAGCGGAAGGGCGUCUGUCGGAUUCUGAUGACUACUCUGAGCUGAGUGUGGAAGAGGAGGAAGAGGAGGAGGAGCCCAGAGAGAAGCCGGCUUUCUCUGAGGUUGAGGUCUGUGCCCUGAGGCCCAAGGCCUUUAAGUGUCAGACUUGUGACAGGUCAUACAUAGGGAAAGGGGGACUGGCAAGGCAUUGUAAGCUUAACCCAGGCCAUGGCCCACCGCAGCUGCAACCUGCCGUGUCGCUGUUGGAGAGAGCUAAUGGGAGCCUGGCUAGCCCGAAACCGUCUACACCAGCUGUUCUCUGCGUGCAAGAGGCAGAGGCGGCUUGCCCUACUCCACAGAACGGUCAGCCCGUCGAAGUUGAAGAAACACUGGUACCUGAACCACAAAAUAGAAGUCCCUCAGCUCUUCUGAGACCAGAGAAAUACCUAGAACCUAAAAAUGGAAAUUGGGAAAGCCAGGCAGAAUUCAGCACAGCCAGCCUCCAGGAGAGCAGAGCAGUCCAGCCAAACAGCGACCCUGCUGUCCCUUCAGGGCUGAGUGUAUCCGGGGGAGCACAGCUCCGGGAGGCACUCAAGCAGUGUGGCCGGGAGGAGCUGGUGCAAUUGGUGCUGCCUCAGCUGGCUCAGGCGGUGACCCUGUAUGAGCUGCUUCUGGUGAAGGUUGAGAAAAGUCCCAGGGCAAAACCUUUCUUUCCUGCUGUGUACAAGGAGUUUGAAGAGUUAUAUGACAUGGUGAAGAGAAUGUGUCAGGAUUACCUCAGCAGUGCUGGUGCAUGCCCUCAGGAGCCCCUGGAGAUACACAACGAUGAGGUUGCCAGGUCAUUAGGAAUCACAGAAUUCCUGAGGAGGAAAGAGACACCUGCGAGCUCUAGCCAGGAGGCAGAGGGGAAGCUGGAGGAAGGAUGUGGACAGAAGAGGGAGCGGGAGCUGGCUGUGCUGGCCACAGUGAAAAAGCCCCGAACAGCGGCUUUGCCCACAGAUAGCCCUGAGUAUCCUCCCUUUGCCAGUGGAUGCCAGCAUAAGCCUGGGCCCUCACGUGCUCCAGCCACCAGCAAGGGUUCUGACCCUGCAGCCAUUGAGAACUCUCUCUGCUCUGAAGGAAGCUGUCGGAAGAUGGUUCCUGAUAGUGACAUGAAUGUACCACCUGUGGGCCAGCAGCUUGCAGUGAUGGCAUCUGAUGACUUUGAAGCCAGGAGUGGCUCUGCAGACUUUGCUCUUCUGUGUCAGGAUGUCAGUGGUUCAGCUCUUUAUUUCCAAGUAUCAGAGCCCAGAAGGAUGCCCCCAGCCCAGGAGUCUGUGUUUUCUGAAGAGAAUAUUCCAGAACAUAUUAUAGAUCAGGAUUCUGUGACCAUCCAGAAGAGCAGCAGUGUCUGUGGUAUGCCGUCAUCAGGUAGACGAAGUGAGUCUCUGCUGCUGAGAGAAUCUGAAAAUGCUGAGGCAGGAGACCUCAGGGAGACAAAUCAACUGCACCUCAGCGGCCAGCAGGCCAGUCCCAGCCAUGUCCUUCUUGCAGAGGCUGCAGCCUUUCCACUCCAUAACACUUUGCCUGUGCAUAUCUUGCCAGCUGCCCAUGUUUCUAUGAUUGUGGCAGAACAAGGACUUCAUCCUGGACCAUGUGGGUCAGUGCCCACUAAUGGGGGUCCCAGUGUUGGAAGUGAAGCUGGAGACAUAAGCCAACUCCUCUCUGGGAUGGAGACACAUGACCAGAGAGAGCCAGAGACUGUGGCUGCGGUGGGGGAAGCCCUGGCUUUUGAUAUUUCCGAUGUGUGCCAGCAAGUAUUGUAUCAGGGGCAGGAGCAGAUUUUUAUUCGGACUUCCAAUGGGUUUAUUUUGUCCUACCCAAGUACCAUAGUAUCUCAGGAAGAAGACAGUGUCAUAGUGACUAAUGCAAGCGGCUCUAUCCUGAGGUUUGGCACGCCAGAAGGGGUUGCUCUUGAAGCCAUGGAAGCCUUCCUCACUGUGGAGGCAGAGUGCUCUCAGUGACCAGGAGUCAGAGGUGUGUGUGUGUGUGUGUGUGUGUGAGAGAGAGAGAGAGAGAGAGAGAGAGAGAGAGAGAGAGAGAGAAUGAAUGUGUGUGUGAGAGAAUGUGUGUGUAUGAGAGACACUGUGUAUAUGUGUAUGAGUGUAUGUGUGUGUGAGAAUGUGUGUGAAAGAGUGAGUGUAUGCGUGUGAGAAAGAAUGUGUAUAUGAGAGAGACACAGCGUGUGUUGUGUGUGUGUGUGAGUGUAUGUGGGGAGGGGUGUUGAUUUUUGAGUCCUAGUCCCGUGUAGCCCAGACUGGCCUUGAACUCCCAGUCUUCCUGCCUCUGUCUGCUGAAUGGUUGCGUAACAGGGAUGCCCCACCAUGCCAGGCAGAACUCUGAACCUAUAUUUGUAUAGAUUUUAUCCUCAGGCAGUGUGUAUUUUUCUAAUGUGAAUACUGACACAGACGAGCCACUUAUUUAUAAAGAAUAAUGUCUUUUUUACUAUUGCUUUUUUCUAAGAACCUCUUCACAAUAAUGGUACAUACAUAUUUUUGUCUGGUUUUGGUAGCAGGGUUUGGCAUAGCCCAGACUGGUCUUGUGAUCUUUCUGCCUCAGCCCAAGGCUGGAGUUACAGAUGUGUUCUGUGGCAGAUGUAGAUCCUCUUCUACAGUGCUACAGUUUGAUGGCUGUUGCAGUGAAGUUCAUUCCAUCCUCACUCACCAGCCUUGGGGCCAUUCCAUUUCGUGCCACCUCCUUCUCUCCCGAUGAUGUGCUGUCUUUUCAACAGAUGUUCUAUGUACUUCUGAUUCAGUUAGGAAACCUACAAAGCUAGCCAUCGGCAGUGUUUUAUUGAAAAGUAAAAAAGGAAGUCAUUUGUAUUUGCUUUCUUGAUAUGUGUGGGGUUUGAACUUGCCAGGCAGUCUCAUGUGGAGUGGCCCAAGCAGGCCUCUAACGUGUGAGCCUCCUGUGUGAGCCUCUGGCGGCUACAGUGACAGACUGUACAAUCAGGUGGGUAGUGUUGUUUUUGAGUCAGCAUCUCACUAUGUAGCUCCCGCUGUUCUGGAACUCACUACAUAGACCAGGUUGUCCUCCAACUUAAGAGCUCUGUCUGCCUCCCGAGUGCUGGGAUGAAAGCUCUGUGCCACCAUGCCCAGCUUCCUUCCUCCCUCAGGUUCCAGGGAUGGUGCUCAGCUUGCCAGACUUGCACAGUGCCUGUACCCUUGGGGCCUUCUCACCAGCGUCCACUUGGGUUUUAUGUUCACUAUUUUCCCCUAAGACUGGGUCUUGCUAGAGCUGAGGUUGGCUUUGAACUUAGGAUCCUCCUGCCUCUCCUCUAGUGCUUGGAUAAAAGGCUCAACAGAAACCUGGAGCUCACAGGGAAACCCUUGGAUGUUCCAGCUGUAAAAUACCUUCUCCGGGUUUCUUUGUGAGGGUUUCCAUAGCAAUACUGUGGGACAAAGGGAAGGUCACUGUCCUCAUUAGACAAGAGCAUUGGUCCCCAGCUGUUCCCUGCUCACACCUGCAAUCUUUGGAAGACCCUGAGUCCCUGAGACACUGCUGCAGGGCACAGCUGGGGAUCAUGGCUGCCCAGGAUCCUGGUGCUGUGCUGAAUCAGGUCCCCACAGUCCUCUCACUUCCUGUUCUCUCAUUCCAUCACAGGGAUGAACAGGUGGGUUUCUAGUAGAACAGUGCCUGGAAAUGGGGCACGUCAGGCUGACAUUAGGCAGGAUUGUGUCCUGUGGACCAGGCCACUUCUCAAAAGCCUGGAGCUUCCCAUUGCCUAAAUUCUUCAUCUGCAUUUGGGGUGUGUGGACAUUUAUUAUAUCAUCUUCAGUACUUUCUGGUUUGCCUGAGAUGCUUUACAAAAGACACCAUCACAUUUCCCUCUUUCUUAGUCUUUACUAUGGAGUCAUCCACAGACCUUCUCAGUCCAGGGCAAGAUGGGUCCGAGCUUUCUGUUUCUUUCCUGUUAACUUGGCAGAUUUGGGGAUCUUAGAAGAUGUGUGUGAUUCUCCAUUGUACUCCACCUUAAGUACCAUACUGACCUCUGAUGACAUUGGUACUAUUGAGAUAGGAAGUACUCUGCAGAAUCAAUAUUUGUUUAUCUUUAGUCUGUGUUUCUGCCUGUCCUUGGCAGUAUUGAUCUUUCCAUUAGCACUCUUGUGUGAUAAUGGGUGGCUGGGGAGCAAAUCACCAACAGUACAUAAAAGCUAGAUAUGGUGUAUUAUAAUCUCAGCAUUUGGGGGGCUGAGGUGGCAGUGUAGUGAUUCUGAAGUCAGUGUGAGUUUUCUAAUGAGCCCAUCUCAGAAAACGUAAGGACAUCUUUAAGAGUGCAUACUAGUCUUAAAAAGGACUGAGUUUGAUUCUUGACACUCAUGCUGAACAGCUCACAAUUGACUGUAGUUCUAACUCCAAAGAAUCCAAUGCCCUCCUUAGGUCUCUGGGUCCCUGUAGCUAGCUAGGUCCACACACACUCAGCAGACACACAUACAUAAUUAAAAAUAUUAAAAAUCUGUUACUCGCUGGGCAGUGCUGGCUCAUGCCUUUAAUCCCAGAACCUGGGAGGCAGAGGCAGGCGGAUUUCUGAGUUCAAGGCCAGCCUGGUGUACAGAGUGAGUUCCAGGACAGCCAGGGCUACACAGAGAAACCCUGUCUUGAAAAAAACAAAACAAAACAA